UUGCUGAGCUCAGUCAUUGAGUAAAUCGCGAUGAGGUUGCAUCGUUAGGACGUUACGCGUUUUCCUCUUGAAACCAUACGGUAGAUUUUGUUGUAUACACUUGUACAACACCAAUAGCAGCAGCAGCAGCAGUUAGAAGUAGCAGCAACAACAAAAAUCAUCAAAUCACCAGUUCCAACAACAACAAGAGGAAUUAUUUUUAACAAAAAGUAGAAAAAAAAACACGCAAAUGCAAAAUUAAUUGCAAAGCAGCAAAAAGGUGAAUGGUGAUUGAAAAUCAGAUCAAAACGGAAGUUUAAGCAUAAAAAGAAAUCCAAUAAUUAUAUGUAGUGAUUACAUAGAUAUGAUAUAAAAUUUUCCAAAUCAAAAAGCAAAAAAAGUUUAUAAAGUAAAUCAUUAAAACAAGUAAUUGAAAAUAUUAUAGGCGGAGAAAUUUUAGCUGAUAUUAAAUGUACAUAUCAGCUAUGUUUGUGAAGAAAAUAACAAUUUAUGCAUAAAACAGAAAAAAUACUGCAAAAUAAUACCAGAUUUUACAUAUAAACAACCAGAAACAACAAAACCGCUGUUUAAUUCACACAUGGAGGUUUUUCGAUAAUAAUAUUUGAAAAACAGUCCAUAUAGAAAUUUUACAUCUGCGCAAGCUCACUCGGAAACAUUUCAAUCUGCUCCGUCAUUGCUUUUAAUAAAAAAGAUCAGCUUUAAGCUAAGGCAAUGGAGAAACCCAAUUCACAUUAUAAAUAGUACGAGCAAAUUGAAAGCAAAAUAAUGAAACAAAAAUUUAUCAGAUUGAUGUUAAAUAAAUCGUGCCAAUGGUGAAAAUAUAAAAAAAAGUUUCGAAAAAAUUCCAGCGAGAGUGUUAAAGAAAAUGUUGAUCUGCAUACAAAUUCAAUAACCGGUACGUACUCAACUUUUCUGCAAAAAAAUACUUAACUUCAUUCUCACUGCAAAUUGUCUAUCUCAAGUCCUGGAUUAUUGAGAUGGCAAAAAGUGGAUAUGUAUGUUUCCUAGUCCAGAUAUGCAAACAAGAGAAGCAUAAUAUAUUCGAAUUAAACUGAUUGAAAUUAAUUAAAAAUUGUAAAAAAACAAACAAAAAACGAAAUAUGCAUAAAACAACAACAAACGCUUAAACAAAUGGAAUAUCAUUUGAACCAACAACAAUUCAGCAAGUAAACAACCGUAAGAAGACCUACGCUUUAACAUUGAAAUGCAACAACAGAAAUACCAAACGUAAAAACAAAAAACCGUUCAAUAAUUUCAAUUCAGAAUAAUUUCAAGGAAGCUGAUAACUUUAACCAAAUCUCCAACCAACGCAAAACACAAUAUUCAAAUGAGAAAACCCAAGAAAAAAGCGUUUCACAUUUUAGAAUAACAACAACACGAAGCAGAGAGAAGCAAAUAAUCAAGAAUACUGUGAUGUCUACUGAAGACGUUUCACCACCUAAUUUCACAGAACGGAAAAGUGGCUUCUUUGAACGAAGUUCGCGCUUAGCUGCAGAUAGCGAAUCAUAUUUGCGUCGUUCAAAUCACAUUUCGAUUGGAAAUAUUGGUGGUUAUCAAACUACAAACAAUUUGACAUCGUCAAGUCCAUCGUCGUCUAUACAAGAUUUAAGCUCUGUAGUCCCUGAUGGCUCUGGUGAUUCAGUUGUCAGUACUAGUAGCUCUAUACAAAAUCGUAAUAGAACACGUGAUCGUCUUUACAAAAAUCGACCAUAUUCAACUGCACAGUUAAGCGAGAGAAGUUCAAACGGUGCCACCAUCAGCAAUUAUAACCGCAUUUUGCAGUCGUCAUGGUACGACGCUCCUGCAACGAAUUUGAACGGUCCUGGUGGCAGUGGCAAUGCCGACGCCUUAACAGUAGGCAGCAGCAGCAACCACAUAUUUUACUCCACCCCAAACUCAAUCACCACACCUGCCUCCUCCAUAAAUUCGGUAAUUGCGGCAACGUUAACAACUCAUCACCGGAGCAAUUAUUGCGGCACUCAGCCGGACGUAACUGCGACGACGCCUUCCACAGUAAAAACAACUUUAGCGCCUAGUAGUUACCGGAUGAAAAACAAUUCAAAAUUAAACAAAUUAAAGUCACCUCGUGUUGGCUCUGAAUCGCCCAAUAAUACGUCAACAAUAUCUUUGACGACGACCACGGCAACGGAAACGACGGGAAUGGGUGCACCACCAGCAGCAUCGACCACGUCCUCGAUUGCAAACAGUAGUAGCAGUAGCAGUUGUAGUACAAUCAGUAGUAGUUAUAGCAGUAGUUUAAGCAGUAGCAGCAUAGCAGUACCGUCAGCACAUGGGACUUUCAUUUCUGCAACGUCAUCAACGCAGUCACUUGUGGAAAGCCACACCAAUGGCAAGGGCAGUGGAAUUCUAAAUGCCGCUGCUGUACUAGCCGAAACAACUGCGAAAGCUAGAAGCCAGCAUUUUAGCUGUACAUCUGGCAGCAAUAAAAACACCACCUUCCCCGCUGGUCCCGGUCCUGCUCCUAGCAGUAGUUGCAUCACCUCCCCACACACCUCGUCAGCAAAAGACCCGCGUCAUCAACACACUUCGCGAGCUGACCAUAUGCAUGGGCGAAGCACGACGUCGUCCAGCCGUUCGCACUCGCGGUCGCCCAGUAGCUAUAGUUCCUCGCAGAGCUCUUCAUCAAAUGCUUCAUCACAUUCACAUGCAUCAAGUCCAGUUAGGGGCAGUGAGUCUAUUCCGAGCAGAUCUGCUGGCUUAUUAGCGAACAGCUCGAGAAAUGUACAAUCGGCAGUUACGACUCCGCCACAAGGUACAAGUGGAAUGGCGGGCAGUGGCAAUGUCAGCAGUAACUCUAGCAGCAGCAGCAGUAGCAGUGGCAGUAGCUCAGUGGGUAACCCAGUAAACCCAGUUGUUCAUUCCGAAGACAAUCGCCCGCUUGCUAUCUGCGUACGCAAUUUACCCGCACGUUCCUCAGACACAUCCCUGAAGGAUGGUCUCUUUCAUGAGUACAAAAAGCAUGGUAAAGUCACUUGGGUAAAAGUGGUUGGACAGAACUCGGAGCGUUAUGCGCUAGUUUGCUUCAAAAAGCCAGAUGACGUGGAAAAAGCCCUCGAAGUGUCACAGGAUAAACUCUUUUUCGGUUGCAAAAUAGAAGUUGAACCUUACCAGGGUUAUGAUGUGGAAGACAACGAGUUCCGACCAUAUGAAGCCGAAUUGGACGAGUAUCAUCCUAAAUCGACGCGAACUCUCUUUAUUGGUAAUUUAGAGAAAGAGAUAACGGCCAGCGAGUUGCGUGGCCACUUUGAUUGUUUCGGUGAUAUCAUCGAAAUCGAUAUCAAGAAACAAGGUACACAAGCGUAUGCCUUCUGUCAAUAUUCGGAUAUCAUAUCGGUGGUAAAAGCUAUGCGAAAAAUGGAUGGCGAACAUCUUGGCAGCAACCGAAUUAAACUUGGUUUUGGAAAAUCGAUGCCAACAAAUUGUGUUUGGAUAGACGGAGUAACGGAGAAAAUAUCAGAGUCCUUGCUGCAGUCGCAUUUUUCCCGAUACGGCACUGUGACGAAAGUGAUUUUGGACCGUACGCGGCAUCUGGCGCUGGUGCUGUACGACCAAAUACAGCAUGCGCAGACCGCUGUAAAGGAGAUGCGCGGCGCAACAUUGCGUGGUCGAAGAUUACAAGUGGAUUUUGCUUCACGCGAAUGCCAGGAUGCGUUCUAUGACAAGCUGGAGAAACAGAAUGCAGGUAACCGAUUUAAUCGUUACGACGCGCUAUCACAAUCGCGAUCACGCGCGUCGUCCUUUAGUCGCCAUCAGAACUCGAACGAUGGGUGUUCUCCUAGCAAUACCCCAGGCAGUAGCAGCAGUUGCAGUGCGUCUAGCGUAACCGCCACAAUUGGCGCGCCUGCGCUUUCAUCGGCGAUUGUCGCCGGCGUAAGCGCCGUAAGUAUUUCGACAUCGUCAAGCAGCUCGUUGGUGCCGCAGAACGCACCGAUGUCGGGAAAUUCGACGCCAGCUCGAAGUCGUGGAUCCCGCAGUUCACGGCAUACGCUAGACUACGACUACUUGGAUACGCGCCGAUUCCGUUCCUAUGACGAAUUUAGUCAAGGUUCGGCUGCCUCACACGACGAAGAUGCGGCCUCGCAGAACGUAUAUUCGGCGGGCGGCAACACCAGUGGCUUGCGUUCGGACUCGCCACUCCUUUCGCGAUUGGGCCCCAUUGUAGGCGGCGCCAACGCAGCUAACCUAGCACCAAGUGCGAACGAACGGGUAAAUGAAACGCUUGAAGUGACGGUGAACAGCAGCAGUGGUCGCCGUCGUUGUGAUAAAAGUCCUGCGAAACAAAAAGGUGAUAUAAGAAUUCUACAAAAAGAACGUUCCCAUCUUUUAGAGCAACUUGAAGAAUGCCCGUCCAGUGGUGAUGAAAGUAUAGUGAGUCCGCGAAAGCGCAUCAAAAUCGAUCAUCAUCAUUCCAUGAGCACUGGCAGUGGAUUGUCUCAGUCGCACUUGUCGGAGACAAGACACAAUGCUAGUGAUCAAAAUAGAAGUAACCUAAAUUCCAACUGUGAUGCUCCUGUAUAUGAGGCCUCGGCAACAGCCGUACAACAUAAGAGUGAAGUGCGCCGCCUUUCAGACACCAACAAUCAUCCCAGUCUUAAGUACCAUCAAUCUCAGUAUCACGCGCAUUCGCAUUCACACACACUGCAGCAAGCAUGUCAGCAGCAACCGGUUCGCCGACCGUCCAUUGAUUUAACGGCGACGCUGGGGGCUGGUGGCUCAGGAUCCGUUUCUACCCGCCAAGGCAGCGUUAGUAGUACUGGCUCUGGAAGUGAUCACCACCAUCCACCUACCCAUUUGAGCACUUCUGGUAGCACUGGGCUUUCGAAUUCGUUAGCCUGUAAGCGACGACGUGUCACAGGGACAGGUAAUAUUGGCAGCGGCAAUGGCAAUACGCUUUCCUCGUCUACAUCCACAGCGCCAUGUGGUGGCCUCUCUAACAACGCGGGAGGUAGUGGCACCGCUGGCAGUGACGACUAUCAUCAACACAUUUCGCGAGGGCGGGGCCAUCCAUUACAUUCCCAUCACUCACUCGAAGCCAGCGGCGGUGAGAGCGCAGACGGCUCACGUCCAGGUACCCCACUCUGCGAUGAAAGACCCGAAGUGUUGCCUAGCGAUCCACGGCGCGUGCCACGUGACCGCCGACAUGAGCCGAUGGUGUUACCGCUGCCGAAAUUCGGCAUCCAGUUUUUUCAUCAGUAUCGCAAGACUGUGACGGGGCAGACGAUUUCGAGCGCUUCAGGUCACUGUAUUGGCAGCGGCUCAAGCUAUCAUCACAGCAGUAGCGGCAUGCUCUCCUCGUUGUCAAUGGCGGCGAAUAACAGCGGCGUCGGCACGCACAUAUUGCCAAACACCAAUUUGAGCAGCAGUAAUCAUUCUAGUCAUAGUUCUGCGGCGAUGACGGCAACAGCAUCUUCAGGUUCCUCCCUUGUACCAGGGUUUCCCUUGCACAGUCCAUCUACUCGAUACUCCUCACACUGGCGUCCGCAUCAACAUCAUCACCAACAACAUAGCCACGGCCACAAUCACCCAGCGCAUGCACACUAUAAUCCAGCUGCAACUGGUACAGCUGGUGCGACAAUGAUAAGUCCGCUGCGACCACGAUCGCUUAGUUCGAACUCUAGUGAUUCUGAUGUACCCGGCCAGUCUAGUGGUAGCCCUUCAUUGGAAGAGCGCAUACGUACACUUGAUGAAAUGUACGAACGGUGGUCUGGUGGUACUGGGGGAAAGAUCGCUGGCGGUACUAGUGGUCCGAGCGCCAGUGCGAGUAUUGUAAAACGUCAUGACUUUGGUAGCCAUAGCCAAACACUUUUUCGGCAAACGCAUCGUGGCAGCGAACACCAUGGUAUUAGUGGGGGGCUGCAUCACGCGAUUGUCAACACAGGUUCCUCGUCGAUAUCGUCACGCUAUAAGCUUCCUGAUCUCGAUGUCAACGAGAUGCAACCCUCGGAAAUUGUUAAAUCAGUGUUAGCGAAGAAAUCCAUAUUUGAUGAUGACUUACAGCGACUGAAGAAGAACCAGUGGUACGAGCCAUCGACGGACGCCACACAACUGGCGAAGCACAUAAUUGGAGUUUGUACUUCGCCGGGUCUUCCCAAUUUAGCCGCGACGAAGACGCCCGUAGUUGGAAGCAACUCUGCAAGCGCUUCAAAUGUCUCACUAUCGAAACAAUCGGGUGCACUCUUGCAGCGAUUGAGCAGUCUUUCACCGAUGAAUUCACCACAGGCAUCAAUAUCACCAUAUAACAGUCCAUCACCUUCGCCUUCGGUGAGUGGUGGUACUGUGGCAACACCGCUACUUCCGUGUGCAGCCAAAUUAGCAACAUCUAAUGCAGCGAUUGGAAUUAGUGCCGGCCCAACUACAACAAGUUCCACCAGUGUUUCAAGCAUUGCUUCUGCUUCAAGCUCGGCAGCAGCUAUGAAAGGUUUACAAUACCCGUUUCCCAGCCAUCCGCCGUUGCCGAGCACUGCAGCGCCACCACCUACUGCUCAACCGGCUCUCCCGGCCGGACCUGCGCCCUCAGACCUGCCACAAUCGAAACCAACGCAAGUAACUACAUCUGAAACGAGCACCCUAACAACCAGUACUGCAAGAGUAAAGGCAAAUUCUAUUACUAAGAGCCUUAGUGUACCAUGGGUGCCAUUGAGUAGUAGUAAUGUGGGUGAACGUGUUGCUGCGGGUACAGUCGACUGCCGUAUACUGACCAAAUCAGUCUCCGUGCCCGGUAGUACAAAUGUUGGUACAGUUAAGCCCAUGAAUGCGCAUACACCAGCCGCGGAGGGGACAUCAAUUGCUUUAAGCAGGAGCUCCUCCACGACCAUAAGUGCGAAAAUCGAAGAGGAUACCACGAAACAUUCGAAACAACAGUCUAGUUCCCCGUCCAUUUUGAAGAAGAGCGAACGGGGCUCACACAAACACAAUCAUCGCAGUGAGAACGAAAAGCGCUCUUCGAGAGCAGAGCGUGCGUCUGAAAGGAGAAAAAACUCAACAAACUCACAACAUUCAGUAGCUUCGACGCCGCGAUUAGAGGAAGAUUCAAGUGAAUGUGAAGAAAAGGAUGGUGAGAAAACGGAAAAGGAGCGGAAAGAGCGGGAAAUUGAGAAAGAACGAGAGAAAGAGAAACAAAACAAGGAACGGGAAAAAGAAAAGGACCACCAGGAACGUGAGAAGCGCGAAAAAGAGGUGCGCAAACAAAAAGAAGAACGUGAAGCACGCGAGCGAAAGGAGUGUGAAGAACGUGAGCGCAGGGAGCGUGAAGAGCGUCAACGCAGUGAGCAUGAUGAGCGUGAGCGUGAACGUGCACUUGAACGUGAGCGUGAAGAACGUGAACGCAAAGAACAAGAGGAACGUGAGCAAAAAGAACAUGAAGAAAAGCUUGAGGAGGAGCGCAAGGAGCGAGGAGAACGUGAGCGAAAAGAGCGCGAAGAAUGGGAGCGAAAGGAUCGCGAACGAGAGGAGCAGCUUCAGCGUGAGCGUAAGCUGAAAGAAGAACGUGAAUGCGAGCGCCGUGAACGAGAUCGCGAACGAGCACAAGAAGAAGUCGAACACAUCGAUAAGGAACGGUCUGAGCGGGAUACGCAUCGAGAGCACUCACGAAAAAAAUCUGAAUCGAGCAGCAAACACGAUGUCGACCAAAUACAAGCGCUCAAAAAUAACCAAUCUACAAGCGAUUUCCUUCCGCAGAGCAAUGACAGCGAUCACCAGAAUAAUAAAGAGAAUGCAGUGGAUGAAAGAAAAAGUCCCAUGGUCGUCGAAGCUUCUAAUAAGCACCGGAGCAGAAAGUCUUCACGAAACUCGCCAACACGACAACCUAAACGACGUCUGAGCUCACAAGAUAGUAACCACGGAAAUCUUAGUGGUCACACAACAAUAAGCGAGGAUCCAGCUAAGCGUUUACGCAUCGAGACACAGCACACAAUAAAUGCCUCAUGUACGGCGACCAAAAUAAACGAUCGGCAGCCUACAAAGGAAACUUCUCAUGUCCUCGACCCGGCGACAAAGCAGUCCAGCGGAAAACAUCAUCAUCAACGAUCGUCAAAUCAGACCAAUACUGGCAGCGUUAAUUUACCUUUGGACGCAGCUGCAUGUUCCGAGGAAAAAACCAAGUCCAAAGAACAUUCAAAUAAGCACAGAAGCAGCAAACAUCACAGACAUCAACAAAUGCACCAACAGCAAGGCAACAACGCCACGAAUGAAACCAACAAAGAAGGUCAGGACAAUAACGACAGCCCAACUACUGCUGAGGAAAAGACUACUUCGCCCUUGGCCACCUUGCCGGUGACAGAUAAAUCAAGUCAUCACGAAAAUAUUUCGGAUCAAGAACACAGGGAUUCCGGCGCAGUUCAUUACCAAAUCAAGCAUUCGUUGAAUUCCAGCGGUGACGAAGACUUGCUGCAACUUUCGAAUCAACACAAGAGCAAGCAGCGCGAACACAGUGCCAGCGGCGGAAACCACCACACGCGCCACAAAAGUAAGCGUGAACAUCGCGAGCGCAAGCGACAUUCAACCACAGAGUCUCUAGUAUCAGCACCUGGCAAUAAUCUAACCGAUGAAGAGCACCCGCACAAUCCAAGCCGACGAGCAUCGGCUGCGGGCUCGCACAGCAGCGAAUCGACCUUGCCGAUGUUGAAAUUAAAGCAGGAGAGUCGAAGAAGUGCCGAACGAAAGUCUUCACGCUGUUCAGACGAAGGUCUUGCCUUGGCACCGCCACAAUCAGCACAACAACGCCCGGGUAAUAACACCAAAGCGACCCCUUCACGCAGGGUGAUAAUGAGCUCGGGCGACUCGGACGAUUCCGACGAUCCAGCAAAUAACGGAAAGAAGCACUCGAUUUUCGACAUACCCGAUGAAGGCCCCUACAUUUCGAUGUAUGACAAGGUUAAGGCGCGCUCCUGCAAAAAUAUGCAAAAGCAUGAAGAGGAGAAGAAAAUUAAAGCCAAAUUCACACAACUUAAACAAUCACGUGCCAAGCGCGAGGAGAAGAAGCGCUCAACGAGCUAUGAAGGCGACUCGGAUUCUGAUUUCGAAGAACGCAAUCAACGUAGCGGUGGCAGCAGUUCCUAUAAAUCCCGUAAUCAGACAAAUCUCACCUCUUCCUCCGACGAAGACGAUGGCACAAAUAUGAGCGGUCGACGUCGUAGCUCGCAAGCCUCUUCACAUCCCCAGCGCAUGUUUUCAGAUUCUGACUCGACCACAACAGCUGAGGCUGAAGCACGUCGCAGCAAACUACAUCAUAAGCUGAUGCGGCUAUGCGAUGAUGAUGGUGAAGACAGUUCUGAAGACGAAAUACAGGCGAAUUCACGCAAGUCGCUGGCGUCGUCGCCAAGCAAACGCCUUUCGACCAAGCGUAAUUCCCAUUCAACACGCAUCGCCUCCGAUUCCGAAUCGCAGUCGCAGCCUGUCGAAGAUAUGAAAAUAAAGCGGGAGUUGACAGAUGACGAAGAUCGUGAUAACAAAUUCAAAAUGCAGAUCAAGGAGGAAGUCGAGCAAUCAGAAGCCCAAACAGAAAUUAGUGAUGAUGUCAAAGUAGAGAAGCCUUGUAUAAAAACAGAAGAAGACUCGUGCCCAACACCAGUCGAUAUCAAGCAAGAAUUUAAACACUUCGCCGAUUACGAAUUUACCCUUGAGCACCCGUCACCUAAAUCUUCACUGAAGGUUCAGCAACAUUGCUCGCCCGAAUCUCGUAAGAAGCACAAGAAAAGCAAGAAGCGCCAGAAGAAUGCGUUUGCAAUGCCUAAUGUCACGGCAACGACGCAGAACAUAGUCGAAGCCAAAAAUGUUUUGGUCACUCUUACGCCGGGCUCUUUUCAGCUAAUGAACUUCAUGAGUACGCCGGAGAGCAAGGUAAAGACGUCACUAUCGCCACCAUACGAUCCAUUCGACGAACUGAAACGCGAGUGUGCGUCUAUACCAACAACACCUUCUGUGCAUGCCAAUAAUGGCGCAAAUGAGGUGCCCCUGGGCGAGAAGAAGCGUCACAAAGAUCGCAAGGAAAAAAAGAGGGAGAAGAUGCGUAAUAUGAGUGAUGGUGGCGCCAGCAUAGAUUCUGACAAGAUGUCCAAGGAAGAGCGGCAUCGCUUGAAGAAGUCGAAAAAGACAAAGAGCCUCGAUUCCACGCGAAUGUUGAAUACAACCACCGCCAAUACUGAAAAAGCAACGCCCGCGGCGUCAACUGUGGCAUCGGUGACGAUUUUGCCGGCAGCAUCGGCAGCGCUCCUCACGGUUUCUGCGCCAAAUUCGGCAGUACAGACGACCAACUACCAGUCUGCAACAGCUAAACGCAGUGGUGAAAAGAUGGAGGAUAUAUUCGGGCCAAUAUCGGAUGAAGAGUCUCAAUUUACAGACACCGAGUCCAAAGAGAUGACUUCGACGUUUUCGCUAGACACCAAUUAUGACGGCCUUUUAACUUCGUCCACCAGCAUAACUGGGCCCAUCGUUUCCGCAGCACUGAAUCCCUAUAAACAAGAUCCUCUCACACCAAAAUCACACACUGUUGAAGAGAAUGAGGAGAACAAGCAAAAGGUGCUUGUCAGCGGGGAAGGUGUUGGCGGCAACAUAGAUCGUGAACGCCACCGAAAAGAAAAAAGGGAAAGGCGACGAAAAGAGCGCGAGAAGUCACGUGAACAACAUGCCCUAUCGGCGCUGCAACAACAGAAACAUCAAAUCGAUGAUGAGAACAGCGUUGACCUAGACGAGGCUGGGCGCGCUUUGGAGGCACAACUCAUGGAAGACUCUGACAAUAAAACCACUGAAGAUGCCACUCCCUCUACCGCCACAACUUACCGUAGCGAUAUGACCGAUGUGUUCCGCUUUUCUGAUGGCGAUGAGAAUUCUCACGACUCUAAUGCUCCGCACCGAGAUAAAACAGACGCUGCCGAAUUAAACACCUCAGCCAACGCACAAUCACAGUCGGGUGCCAUACCGCAACUGCACAUCAAGUGCAAGGAAAAGAAGAAAAAGAAAAAGCGAUCGAAGGAAGAGAAGCAUCAUCACCAACGCCGAGAGUCUGGUGCAUCGAUAGUUUCCUUGCAACCACAACAACAGUCUGCGGCCGCGCAGCACACCGCAAUGUCACCUCCGCCUUCCGCGGGAAAGCUUUCGAUUGAUGUCAUUUCGGCCAACGCCAAGCAACUGCAAAAAAUGGAAAAGCAAAUGUGCAAUGAUGAGAUCGAAGAGAACUCCAAUUCAACAGCACAGUCGCCUAUCUGCAAACCGUCGCCAAGUUUACCUUGCUUGACAGACGACGAUAUUGAUUUGAGUGGUAAACCAAUACUGACCACAUCCAAACCAACCACAGACAUGCUAUCUUUAUCGCCAAUGCGCGAAAAGAAACUGAUAAGUCCAAUACCAAAGACACCGACUACAAGCGCAACGCCAUUUGCAAACGAAAAGUCUCAUUCCAUUUCCUAUGGUACAACUACGUCUCCUGUGAGUUCGCUUACACCAGCAGCUGUUACCGUCGCGUCCACGCCAACAACAACCGUUAACGUGAUGUCACCUUCCGCGACUGCGGAGGCAGCGACAUCUAUGGACUCAGCAGGAUGUGCAUCCUCUACUGCAGGCACACCAACGACGGCGAAAAAGAAGCCAGAAAAUUUCAUACCUGGUUUUGAUGGCAAACUGGAUGAGCAGAUAAGUGAGUCGGCCGUAAAAUCCAUUUCGGUAGAGUUCAAUGCAUCUAUACUAGACGCAAAUGCAGAUGAACCGAAGAUUCCGAUAGAAUCGCCACCAGAUCUUGUCGCUAAACACAUGGAUAAGACAGAAGACACAAAGUCUCGAGUCACCAUUUCACAAGAAGAGACAGAAAGUGCUGUAUCUGCACUAUUGGGCGAAAGCUUCGGCAAUUCGUCUAAUAUUGACUACUCUUUCCAAGAUGAUACACUCGAGGAUGACUUGGCUACAGACUGUGCUAAUGUCGAAGCGCCCGAGCCAGACGAAGAGGCCGCAAUUGCUGCGAAGGCUAUCGAGACGACAAACGAGCCCCUGCAGCCAGAAGAAGAUGCCGAGGAAGUCAGCAAAGCAGUACAAAGUCUCAGCACCGAAGAGAUGGAUGCCAAAGUAGAUACACCACAAUCAGAGCGUGGUCUACAAAUCGAUACAGAUACAGAGGAGAAUGUUGAUGAAGCCGACAGCAGUGGAGUCAGUCUGAAAAUCGAUGAAUCUGCCACUUCUGGUGAUGUAUCCGACGAAUUGGGAGACAAAGAAAAGCAAAAGGCAAGCGAAACACGCAUUGAAGAAGAGCAGGUGGAAGAAAAUAAAAUAAUCUCAGUCAUUACAAAGCUUGAUGGUAAUUCUCAAAGCAAUAACACCUCAUCCCAGGCUUUGGAUUUGCCGGUGAAAGUAACUAAAUUGGAGCCACCAACGAUAAGUAACUUGGAACAACCCACAGUACAGCCAGUGAAGUCGGUGCUGCCGUCUAUGAUCAGCCUGGAUCCGAUUUCAACAAAGAACUCGGACGCAGCUCACGACAGUCAGAUGACGCCCACAUCAAACCCUUUUGCCAAUAACAAGCCAAUUCCAAUUUCAAGUUCAAGCGCAACAGCAAAGUCCACCGACACCACUACCACUGCGCAGUCGCCAAAGACUCUCAAGAUCACCUCAUUGCUUUCUCCAGCAGCAACCGCUCAGCCAGAGACAAGAACUUUCGUCGUGAGUGCGUUGUCGAGCGCCCUAACAGCGCCUCCUACCAUUAGCAUACCGGAGUCGUCAACACAUUUCGCCAUACCACAGUUGUUGAUAUCGCCUAGAAGUGGCUCCGCUGGUGAUCAUCAAGUUCUGCUCUCGCCUAAGGCCCAACAGAAGCAACAAUCACCACAAAUCCCUGGACACCCAAUGACCGCUUAUACACUCAAUGUGCGCGCACCCUCGCCACAUAGCCCAAACAAGCAUUCGCCCUCGCCCAGAGGCAGCACCCCAACAAGACAACUGAGUCCUUCCAGCAUGACAGUGGCAUCAACCUCGCCAACACAAAUGACGCAGCAACAACAACAACAGUUGCUGCUACAUGUUGGGAGCCAACGGACGUCGCAAUUGCCUUCACAACCACAGCAGCAUAGCCAAAUAAGCGCGCCAAACGCAAAUUCGCCGUUGGUCACUGUACCCACAGCUCCUGGCAUUGCGACUCAACAGCCUACAAGCUCAGUUGGCAGCGGUGGCAACGCCUAUCAUUCGCCACAGCAAUUGCACAACAUAGAUAGCGCCCCUGCAGAAGCUGGCAAUACGAAAAAUGGCAGCUGUUCGCCAAGUACUGGCCCUUUGAAAAUGCCAAAUGCUCUCAGUCAAUCGCCGCAACAGUCCGCUGCUAGAACAGUGUUAGACCAUAGCACUGGUAAAGCGAUUGGAAUGCUGCCGCUAACUGUGCAGAAAAUGCCACCAAUGCCCGCGCUACCGACCAUCAUCAGUAAAGUUGUGAAUGUGGCGCCACAACAGGCGAAGCAGUCCACAAUGUCGCCACCGUUGUCCGCUGCUCAAAUCUCCGCGAAAGGCGUUUAUAUGGCAAGCCAUCAACAAGCAGCGGUUGCUCAACAACAGCAUCAACUCCAAACGCAGAGCUUGCAAAUGGGUUCGCACCAACAGCAGCGGCAUUCCCCGCAGAUAAUUCAGAUGCCUACAAUGCAAAAGAUGGCGCCAUAUCAGCACCAGCAACCGCAAUAUGUGCAGCAGCAGCAUUUGUUGCAACAGCAACGACAGCAAAUACAGCAGCAGCAGCAACAACAACGCCAACAGCAUCAUCAGCAAAUGCAGCAACAAAUUUUGCAACAGCAGCAACAACAACAACAUCAACAACAGCAGCAACAAGCAUCGUCCCUAGUAAUACAACCAGGUGGCAUUAUGGGUCUACAACACCCACAAAUGCUACUGCAAGCCAAACCACCGACGCAUCUGCAGGGGCAACAAGUCCACCACCAGCAGAUGACGCCUUCGCCGCCCUUGCAAGCUGGCGGCUUGCCAAUUGCUAGUGGCGCUAAACCCACAAUCGCUGGCAUGCAUACGAUACAAUCACAAGGUGUACAAUUAUUGCCGGGCAGUGUGGCAAGUCCUCCACCGACGGCGCUUAAACAGCCCGCCGCACAGCAUCCACACAGUAAUAGUGGCGUAUCAGGCAACAUACGGACCAGCGUUCCAACUUUAAGUCCACAGGGUCAGUCGCGCGUUGCACCACUUCUGCUGCCCACUGGUAUGCCAAUGCCGCCAUUUGAGCCAAAUAUGGUAAGUUUAAAAGCGAACGAUUACAUUAUUUUUAAUAUUCACAGUUGUCCAUAUGAGGCGUUCUGACCCUUUAGUUAGCUCUUAGCUAACAGGAUAAUUAUUGUGUUAUUAUCAUGAGACAUCCCCGGUUUCGGUAGGGUUUUGCUAUUAACCGUUGUACCACUACAGUGGACGGCAUGUACAAUGAGUACGGUUUUCUGCACACGUACUUGUUUUGUGCCUGUUCCGUCAAAUAAAGCGUUAUAAAGUACAAAGUAUUAGCAGAUUUUACGUACUGGGAUGUCUCAGGUUUUACCCGACCCCUUGCUGUUGUUUCGGCAUUAGAUCGCCGAUAGAUAAGUAAAAUCUCUUAAUCGUUGUUCGUCCCUAGAGCAACACUUUGCAGCAGAGUUGCUCCGCAUCUUUUCCCUCCAGUCUGGCAUUGAGUCAAAGUAGACCACCCGAACACCUCUUCGGUUAGGUGCAGUUCUUGCAACGGACCGAGUUCCCUAAAAACCAGCUCAGGGUUUAGAGAGUGGGUCACAUCUUUUGGGGGUGCAUGUUGCUGAAGCCAAGGCGCAACCACUGCGUCCACGGCUUUCCACAACAUGCGCGGGUCCUGCUCAUCGGAGCUCACCCCAGAAACAAAACUCUAACUCGGACUCCAGAACAUGUCGCGCAAGAUAUAGGAGACAACCGAUUUAUGGCAAUGAAGCCAAUCAAUCAACCGUAGGGCAAUAAACUUGGCUAGGCAGAUAAACGAUUUGGUAUUCUGCACAAUGUACGACGACGCCCCUACCAGGAUUAUGGUUA